AUGGCUGUGCAGCUUGUCAGACCCACUGGUGGGACACAGAGCAAGAGAGGGUGCUAUCCACAGCACCCAGUGAGAUCUAACAGCAACACUUCUGUUUUCUCACAGCAGGUCCUCCAAACCAUUACCAGCCUCCAUAAGCUGCUCAGUGCUUUGCAGGGCGUGGUGCUGCAGCAGGACACCUACGUGGAGAGCCAGAAGCAGUCUCGGAGCGAGAAGGCUCCCAGCCGAAGCUCAUGCCGGCACACCUCGCUGGCAGAGCAGGAGAAGCAGCGCAGCCUGGAGAAGCAGCGCCAGGAGUUUGCCAACCUGAAGAAGCAGCAGACACAGCACCAGGAGGAAAGGCAGAGGAGGGAGAAGGAGUGGGAAGUGCGGGAGAAGGAACUGGCAGAGCACGAGGCCGAGCUGGCCCAGCGCGAGGAGCAGGUGCAGAGGCUGAGGCAGGAGCUGGAGCGGGAGCGGGAGGAGCUGCAGGUGAAGAAGGCGGCCUACCAGCUCGACCUGGAGAGGCUCCGCAUGGCACAGAAGCAGCUGGAGAGGGAGAAGGUGCAGCUGAAGCAGGACGUGGAGCGAUUCGCUCAAAUGCGGCAGGAGCCCGACCACAACCAGGUAUCAAAUCUACAUGAGAAACUUGCAAGAGUCUCCUCCCAGUCCAGCAUAGAUGAAUCCUCCAUGCAGAAAAACCCUUCCCUUCCUAAACAAGGGCACUUUGAUGCAGAACUGUCUGUCUCCCCCAAAAGGAACAGUCUUUCAAGGACACACAAAGAGAAAAGCACUUUCCAUUUGCUUAGCACAACAAACCAGACUAACAAGGCAGCUGAGGAACAGACCCAGAUGCCUACUCGCCUCUUCAGUUUAGCCAAACCAAAGGAGAAGAAGGAAAAGAAGAAAAAGAGCAGGGGACAUCGCUCCCAACAGUCUGAUUCUCACUCGUCAGAAGCACCUGCAGAGGGUGAGGAGAUCUUCUGCUGAGCAUGGACUGUUCCAGUGGUCACUCGUGGCAUUGGCACCGUGGACACCUCCCUGCCUGUGACACAGCACGUGGCUGGUGCCUGCUCUGGACAAGCAUCUGGAGGUUUUAAAUAAAACAUGUUCUGAAGUCUGCUAAGUGGUGGAUAAGGGCCUCUCUCCUGUGGUUUUAGGUGAAUUCUCCCUGCAGAGGCUGUGCCUGCACAGCGCACAGGACCCUCUCCCUGUGCAAACCUGGUGUCAAAUGGAUUGGGAUAAAUGCUGUCUGUCUCUUCUUACUGCUAAAGGAUGAGAGAACAUAGCCUUAAGGGGUCUGUGCCUUCCAAUUCCCCUUUUCUGGGGAAAAGAACCAAAACCAAGCAUUUAGCAAAGAUUAGGACUCUACAAAUGGUGCACACUGGCAUAUAUUGAUACGCUGUAUAUAUACAUAUAUGUAUCUAUGUAUCCACUGGGAUAUGCUUACAGUCCCUACAGCUGAGGUCCACCCCUGGGCAUAGGUGAUACCUGAGGACUUUCUGGGAGUGUGUAGAUAUUUAAUAUCUUGCCCUUACUGCUCUGACUGUGACACAGUGACCUGCACACCCCUUCUGUGCUCAUGGGAUAGGGGCUGUUUGGUUUCAGAAGGGUACCUUACA